AUGUCAAUCUUUUGGUCUCGUUCCCGAAUCUUUGAUUUUCUCAGAAACGCCCCCGCCGGUCCCACCAGAGCACGACCUUUUGCUUCCAGACGAGCAGCCACCGUCAGCCAGGACCAUACCGCUGAAAAUGUGACAGAGGAAGAGCUGACCGCAGCUCGGGCAUGGCUUGCCGGCUUCAGCUCGAAGACAAUUCCUCGUGAUAUCUGCGAAAUCUCUUUUAGCCGGUCCGGUGGUCCUGGGGGCCAGAAUGUCAACAAGGUAAACUCAAAAGCCACCUUGAAAGUACCUCUCCAAUCUCUGCUGCCUCUGGUGCCGCGCAUCCUGCAUCCUCGCCUCCGCCUGUCCCGCUACUACGCCGAGAGGACGCACACUCUAGUGAUCCAGUCCGAGGAGUCACGGAAACAGGCUGCCAACGUGGAGUCUUGCUAUGAGAAACUCCACAAUCUGCUGAAGACGACUGCUGACGAUGUGAUCCCUGGAGAAACGUCUGAAGAGCAAAGGGACCGAGUGCAGAAACUGAGAAAGGCCGAAAAUGAGGCCAGAGUCAAGGCAAAGAAACUGCACAGCAGCAAAAAGAGCAGCAGACGGGGUAAUAAAUACGACGAGUAA